GGGGCGGAGCGGUGCCGCUCGGGGCGGCCGCGCCGCGGCUGUGUCUCAAUGCAGAGCCCUCGGUGUUCUCCCGCCCCCCGCAGCCGAGCGGCGAUGGGAUUUAGUACUUAUGUGAACCCUUUGUUUACGCCCGAGCUAAUGGUUAUCCCGCGGUAACGGGAUUUCCUCCACCGGAGCUGCGCGCCGGGGUUGGUUACGGGCGCAGCGCCGAGCGCUUCUCAGCGGCGGAGCGCAGUGCGGAGGUGCGGAGGUGUUCUCGUCGUGAGGAAACCCGUCCGUGUGAGGCUGUGACGUGAAGAGAAACAGUUGUUUGAGAACGGUCGGAGCAGAGGGAAGCAUUGACCGCUUGCCAUCGAUCGCGCUCAGCAGCGCAGCGUGUCGGGGCUGACAGCCGCGGGCAGUGCGGGCACCGCGGGCAGCGCAGUCGGAGCGAAGGGAGCAGCGCUGCCGAGAGAUCGCCGCGUGUUACGGAAGGCCUUAUUCUGAGCAUGUUAAGCUGGGCACACAGCUAACAUCACUGAGCAUAACCCACCUGAAACCCACAGCACUAUGCAAGCAAAAGUUAACAGAAAGAGGUUUCCUAUCUGACAGAAAAAUGAAAACCUACCCGGCCAUUGGUUUCUUCGUCCUCUUCGUCAUCAGCUAUGGCUCUUCUGAAAACUCCAGCACGCCACGAGGGUGCGGACUGGACCUCCUCCCGCAGUAUGUGUACCUCUGUGACCUGGAUGCCAUCUGGGGAAUAGUUGUGGAGGCGGUUGCGGGAGCAGGUGUGCUGACAACGUUACUGCUGAUGCUGAUUUUGCUGGUGAGGCUGCCCUUCAUCAAGGAAAAAGAGAAGAAGAGCCCCCUGGGAAUGCACUUCCUCUUUCUGUUUGGGACACUUGGACUGUUUGGACUGACGUUUGCUUUCAUCAUUCAGGAAGAUGAAAUGGUGUGUUCUACCCGAAGAUUUCUGUGGGGAGUUAUCUUUGCUUUGUGCUUCUCGUGCUUGCUAGCUCAGGCUUGGAGACUUCGCAGACUAGUUCGGCAUGGGAAGAGUCCGUCUGGCUGGCAUCUGGCUGGUGUGGCCAUCUGCCUGAUGCUUGUUCAGGUCAUCAUUGCAACUGAGUGGUUAAUACUGACAGUUGUCAGAGAUAACAAGAUGGCUUGCAGCUAUGAACCAAUGGAUUUUGCUAUGGCUUUGAUUUAUGUUAUGUUCCUGAUGGUAUUUACCAUGGGGUUUUCUCUUUUCACUCUCUGUGGAAAGUUUAAGAAAUGGAAGAAAAAUGGAGUAUGCCUGAUUAUAACGCUGUUUUUUUCCAUUCUGAUUUGGGUAGCCUGGAUGACUAUGUACCUCUUUGGUAAUGCUGAACUAAAGAGAAGAGACAAAUGGAGUGAUCCCACUCUUGCUAUUGCACUGGUGUCCAGUGGUUGGGUGUUUGUUAUUUUUCAUGCUAUCCCAGAGGUCCACUGUACCAUCCUUCCAUCGCAGCAGGAAAACACUCCCAAUUAUUUUGACACUUCACAGCCAAGGAUGCGCGAAACUGCUUUUGAGGAAGAUAUACAGCUUCCUCGGAGCUACAUGGAAAACAAAGCCUUUUCUAUGGACGAACAUAAUGCAGCGCUAAGGACGGCAGGAUUUCGCAAUGGCAGUUUGGGAAGCCGACCUAGUGCUCCUUUUAGAAGCAAUGUUUAUCAGCCAACUGAGAUGGCAGUUGUGCUAAAUGGUGGGACUAUACCAACAGCUCCGCCAAGUUACACUGGACGACACCUCUGGUGAAAGGCUGUAGGCUGUAGAGAAUGAGAAUCCUUGUUGCAGAAUUAUUCCCUGGCAGUGUGUCUUUGAGGGAGGAAUUGAUACCAGUACCAGAACAAAGCAACAGAACAUCCAGGAGCUUGUGAAAUCCCACAGAGGGUUUUGUGUAAAUGUGAACACCGCGGAACGGAUAAACUAACUGCAAAAAGAAAAUUAUAAGUCUGAAGCUAAAUCUGAAUUAAAAUAGAGGUAGGCACACUUCAAAAUGGAAGAGGGGGAUACUGUAGUCUGAAAUGUAAGAUGUUCCCUUGUCUGUAAGCAGUAACAAGUGUGCAAGGCAAGCCUGAUUCUUUUUAUUGGAUGCCAGCUGCUUGCAAACUACCCUUCUCUCACCUAAACUUAAUUCACGUUGCCACAAGAGAUUGUCACCACAGUGUGAAGACAUGCAGGAUUUCUUUCCAUCUUGCUCCUUUUCCUUUCAUUUGAAAUGUCAUGAAAAGUAUAUUGUUUGCCUCAUUAUCCAGCUGUACUUUAACAUGAUGCGGCAUCACUUGCAGUCAUGUAUUACUGCUCUGUGGCAACACCGUUACCAUUAUGCUGUAGGCUGACACUCUUCUCCUCAAAAAGCUCAUGUAUGAGAAGCAGUUCUGGAGAGAUGUAAGGUCUGUGUGUGCUUCAUGUGAGCGCAGGAGCUUCUUGAGGCAGAGGAGUGCAGGUCCAGCAUAGGCAGCUCUUUGGCAGCCCGGAAUUGGAUUCUCUCCUGCUCCUCAACCUGGGUGUGAGCAGAGUUGCGCGUUCUCACUUCUCCUACAGAAGAAGCCAUUAAAGGAAUCUGUGGAAGGAUACGCUUUGCAAAGACUUAGCUGGCGAGAGAACGUGACUCGUGUUUGCCACGAGUGCAUUGUGAUAGCAGAUGAAGGGUGAUGUCCAUCGGUGCUGGUGGGCCAAGGUCUGUCCUUACUGGUGGGCUGAGGUCUGUCUGCUGCUGGGCCGAGGUCUGUCCAUAGUGGUGGGCUGGAGGCUGUGCAGGUGGGCCAAGGCUGGCACCCAGGGGGUCAGUGGCAGCUGCAGAGCACCGACCGCCUGUUGGGAGGAGUGCAGUGCGCAUAGGGCUGAGGCUGCUGCUUCCAAUCCCUGUUUGUAUGGGUAGUCUCAUUGACUGCAGUUGUUUGUGCAUUUAAAUAUGGUUGUGCAUUUUAGUGCCUAGAGGGUAGAAUCUCCAUUCUGGAGGUGGUUUGUUGUUGUUUUUGUUUUUUAAGGUGGUUUCUUCCGUAGUCUUCCCCUCUGCCUCCACUUUUUCAAGUUAAAAUAUGGCAGACUUUCUCAAAGCUCUUUAUCUUUGUUUUCUCUAGGUUAUUUAAAAGGUUCCCAUUGCCCAUUGUUUGUGCCAUGGUUUUCAUUAUGUUUAAGCAGUCAUUCCUUUAUUUAAUACAUAUCGGACAUUGAAAACAUCACCGUAUCCUCACCGUUUAGCCAGUGUUAAUCUUAGCUUUCCUCAGUUCUAAAAGCAAAUUGUUUUUACAUGAGGGCAUAGGAAACAUUUAACAAAUAAACUUUGCAUAUGAUAUAAUAAAAAACAUAUUUUCAAACUAAAAAAAUAUAAUGUACAAAUAACUAAAUAGCUUAGUAGCUUCACAGAAAGAAGUUACUUGCUAUCUACUGCAGAAGAAAGACAAGUAUUCUAUCUUUUAAGAGUCUUCCUGAUUCUCCACUUACCUCCAUUUCUGCUGAACUAGCAACCUAGUCCUGCAGACUGUACUCCCACAAGUAGUCCCUUUGAUACCAGUAAGUCUACAUACAGGUACAGAGGCUGCAAGACCUAAGUGUUGCACACAGAUAUACAUGUGUGUGUGUAUGUGUGUGUGUAUAUAUAUAUAUAUAUAUGUAUGAAGGAAUAUAUAUUGCCAUUCUUGCCAUGAUCAUCUUAUAUGGUUUUACUUCACAGCUCUUCUCUUCCAGAAGCAAUGUUUUUCUGUCAUGCACGACUAAAGGAACAUGUUAGCUCCAUGUUGGAUAUUCCCCCCUGCCCUUCUCUCCUCAAGGCAAAGGAAGCAUGUGCUUGUUUAGGGAUUGCUUAUUUUAUUUUUUAAGUAACUAGAUGGCCUAAGCAACCAAGUAGGGUAGGGGUGGAUAUUGCAUGCUAUCCUGUAACUUAGAAAUACAUUUGCUUUGUUAAAAGCAAAGCUUUACCUAAAUAAGAUAGCAUUCAUGAUAUUUACCCUGAAAAUGCAUCACUUGGAACAAUAUAAAACCUGUUUUCAUCACUUGCCUGCCAAGCUUUGUUUUUAAAAAUCAAAUUUAAAAAAUCACAAAACUCUACUGUAAAAACAUAUAAGAUGACCAUGGCAUAAAUGGUAGGACAGCUUUCUUUUAAAAAGCUUAUCACGCUACAACCGAGAUUUAGGAAUUACAAUACAACUGUUACAGGCCUUGGACAAAACUGUACAACAUGUAGUUCUCUUAAGAAGUGCUUUUUUCUAGAUGUGACUGAAUUGAUAAAUAGACUUCCCAAUCCUGUUCCUAAUGAAGCUGAUUGGAAUUUAAGGCCUUAUGUAAGCAUAGGGCCAGAUCCUACAGGCUGCUACUGGCAUGACCAGUGUGGCUGGUUAGUCACCUGGGCCAUUCACAGAAUUACGAAGUGGCAGGAUUGGUCUUAAUUUGUGGUGGUGAGGGUGUGGCAAUAGGUUAGGAAGAUUUUUAUUUUCCAACUGUGUACAAUUAGUAAUAAGCAAUUUUUUUUUUGUAAGUCACUGGUUCAUGAUGUUAAAUGCCCCAAAUAAAAAUGUGAUCGAAGAAAUGCACCUUUAUAUUAGCUUAUACUUCUGUUACAGUCAACAAUUUGUUUACUUUUGCCUUUUAUGAGUUGUCUAGAAUGUAGAGCAUCUGUGAACAACAUAGUAAGUAAGUGUAAGCACAAGCCUUUCGCAGUUCAGUUAAUUAGAAUUUUAUAGUAUAAAAGCUACUGCGUUGUCCCUUGAUGGCUAUGUGAUCACGGUGCUUCCAUACAGAAAAGUGAAACUGUAAAACAUCUGAAAAAAUUGUUACCAGAACAAGAUUUUUAAUAACUGGCUUCUGCAGUGGCCAAGAAGAGUUCAGAGCCAUACUUUUACAGGUCCUGUCCUGCUUUCAGAGGAGCUGAGGGUGUCUGACAUUGGCCAAAAAAUAUGUAGCAUCUUCAGAACAGCACUCUCAGUACAUAUACGUGUUUCUAUAAACAAGGUACAUGAAAUACAGAACUAGUUGUAUCUGUUUUUAGUGUAAACACGGGCAUCUUGGUUGGCUUUGGAGCUUGAUGCGUUGGGCCUCACCAAAGGCAGUGCAAAAGGGAGCAUUGUAGCUUUUAUAAUAAAACAAUUGGACUACUCUACCAACUUGGAGGAUUACAAAGCAGGUGCUUUUUAUUAAUUGAUGAGAGCUAACGCUCAUUUUUGAUAGAUAAUAUAUAUUUAUUAAAUGUAUUAAUGUGUGUUUUAUAACAUACCUUUUUUUCCGCUGGUUGUUGCAUACACUGGUAUCUUAUUAAGUACAUCUUAAAGGAUUUUCAAGACAAUCAAUGCGUACCAUGAUGUCUGUACAUACGUAUACAAAACUACAAAGGUUGUAAAGCAUGGGCAAAUGUUUUAUUUUCAAAAUGCUGUUCUUAACGAGAAUAAAGGCUUUACUAUUUACUUACAA